AUGGGCCAAUCGCAUUCAGACGAGAACCCUCGGCGCCGAACCCGCGAGGACCUGACACGCGAGCUCGCUCGCCGCUUCGCCGACAAGUGCUUCACAUCGCUCGAAAUCUACUCUUACAAGGACGUCUUCAAGAGUCUUGCCGAUGAUCAGGAUGGCGUCCACUAUCUCAAGGAGGAGACCCUCUCCCGUUUCCUCGAGCUCCCCGACGUCCUUCACGCGUCGCCUGUUCUUUUCCGCAUGAUAUCAUACAUCGGCGCAUUUCCUUUUCUCAAUGAUGCUCCUGUUGUUCUCGGCCGGGAGGAAAUGGUCAUGGUCGUCACCAUCCUGACGAACCGCUACCAACGAGUUCUCGCCCGAGGGUCCACCGACCGCACCAAGCUACUUUUUAAGAGUCUGGCUGUACAUGACCGUGCUGCAGCCGCUACCGAACCCGAGGAAGCAAGCAAAGAGGCUGAAACUAAGGCAAAGGCACAAGAAACGGCGAGCCACGUCCCAGGUUUCGCCGUCGACGAGGCCGGCGACGAGGCCGAUGAUGAAGACGACGAUGACUUGGAAAUCGCCGCCUUUGAGCUACUUGAUAUCGAUGAUGCCGUAAAGCAGGGCGAUGCACCCUCCAUCAAGGGUGCCAUGAUCCCUGGUGACAAUUUCCACAGGAUCAUCAUGCUGCUGCUGCUCGUUGCACCCCUUGAUGCUCAGGAGAGCCUGGCCUUGCAUGCCAAUCGGGUCGUAGGGGACGAGCUGGAGAGUUUACGAUCGACGGCUAGGAACGUCCUCCAUGCCUUCUUGAACGUGGAAACAUCGCCUGGCAUCAAGUACAGCACCUUCAACCGUAUCAUUCCCGUCAACUUUCCCUACCUUUUUCAAGGCUUCAAUGCCUUGUUCGAACAUUUCCUCUUCUCCAAAAACUUAGAUUUCUCCAAACACGAGAACCAAGCCGAGGAGAAAGAAAAGGCGGUCCAGAGAGAAGUCGCACAACCUCUUCUUCAGGACAAGGCUGACAUCAUGAAUUUCAAUGUUUUGUCUCAGCUAUCUUUCUUCAUUCCAGGCGCGAAUUUGUUCCGCAAGCUCAGGCUGCUCUACUCUGGCGCCGAAGCAGGCUUCUCCAUGGGCAGCUUCGAAACCAAAGUCUUCAAUUGGCGCGCUCCCACCAUCCUUCUCGUACGCGGCUCUCGCAUCCAGGAUGAACCCCGCGGCGGUCAGGAAGCCUCCUUUGCAGCCUCCCUGCCGCCGAAACGCUUCCCCCAUGGCAGCAAGGGCGACCGCCUCACCUUCGGCAUCUUGAACCUGUUCACGACGUUUUUCCGGCGUCUGCAAUCAACCGGGGACUACGUCAGUUUCACCAAGGCGCCCACAAACCGCCCCCUUCUUGCAGCAGGCUGUCCGCACCCAAGGCCAACGCAGUCGCAUCGCCACGACGGCAUGCUUGCCCUUGGCCCAGUAUCGCUGUUGCUUGACGACUCGUUUGAGUUUGGUGUCUUCAAUCACGACUACACAUCACAGGGCGGCGCAUACCAUAACAGCGUCUCGCGGAGAUACGACUUCCAGGACCGGUUUGAGGUCGAGAGCCUUGAGGUGUGGGGAUGUGGAGGCGACGAGGAGGCGCAGGCACAGGCCGCGCGGUGGGCAUGGGAGGCGAGAGAGGCCGAAGCCAGAAGAAAUAUCAAUCUCGGCACCAGCGGCAUCGAGGCAGAUCGUGCGCUGCUCGAGAUGGCGGGCUUGAUUGGAGGCGGCCGCAGCGGCGGGUCAAUGGCUUGA